AUGGGAGUGAAGGACGGCACCAAGAGUCUGAAGGGUGUGGUAGAAAGAGGUGAGAAGGCAAUGUUUGCCAUUUUGCCUAGGUCCUUAGGAGAGGUCACUGAUACACUGGUUUCAGAUAUUCCAACAUGUGAACACACCCUUGAGUCCCGGAAAGGCAGGAGAGGCAGGAAUAUUGCAAAGGGGCUGCAGCAGGGCCCCACACUAGAUCUCAACUCCAAAUAGAACAAAAAUGUCCUGCAAGGACCACAAUCUGAAAUAAAAGUCAACAUAUGGGAAAUAAAGCCUCCUGAUUUUAGUUAUAAACUGUAUACCUCUUUGAGACUUCCAGAAAAGCCAUCAAGGACCAUUAAGGAAGAAGAAAGGAGAAAAAAAAGCAUUUUUCCAGGAACAAUGCUUCACUUUCCCAGCAUAAGGAAUCAUCCCAACAAGGCCAUGUCUCCUAAAUUUAUAACUACAUUUCCUCAUCUGGAUUCACAUAAAGUGAAGUUAAUAUUUGUGGAAAGUGGAAAAUAUCCAAAUGGUGUAUACCUCAAUCCAAAACCACAUAACUUUUGACAGUACCAACAUAAUUUACCAAAUUUUGUGACAAUAGAAAAGGGACCAAAAUGAUUAAAGUUUAAGUCACAACACUUAAGUACAGUAAGUGGAUGCCCUUUGCUGAAGGAAGGUCAGCAGAACACUACAGAAAGAUUUAUCACCUACAAUGAAUGCACCUGGGAUUCAACGCUAAUUUUACCAAAAGCCCUGUGGCCUAUUAAAUCUGUGUCACACACAAGACACAGAAGGUGGCCAGAUGCAUACAGGGCAUUUAUGGAUCGUGUGGAAGAAAAGUUUACUAAGACAUGCAAGAACAGUGGGCAAAAAUUUUAA